AUGAUGAAGGAGGUGCGGGUGGAGCAGACGAGCAAAGGGGAGUGUCAUCCUGGGGAUUGUUAUCCAUGCCAGGCCAUCAGUGGUACGUACGCCCCUUAUGGGGGAUGCACCUCGUGUGACGCCAGGUCUCAUAAGUCAGCUUUUGCAGCGUUGAGCGACCCUGUGUGUCGCCUCAAAGCGGUUGGGUCUGUGGAGCCGGGCUUCAGCGCACCUGUGCGCGCACAUGGCGUUGAGACUUCUCAGAAGCCAGGUUUCAGGGCGUCUAGUUUUGAGGCGCCUCAAAGCCAUGUGGCUCGUCUCACAGCUGUUGGGCCUGUGGAGCCGAGUUUCAGCGCACCUGUGGAGCCGAGUUUCAGCGCACCUGUGGAGCCGAGUUUCAGCGCACCUGUGGAGCCGAGUUUCAGCGCACCUGUGGAGCCGAGUUUUAGUGCACCUGUGGAGCCGAGUUUCAGCGCACCUGUGGAGCCGAGUUUCAGCGCACCUGUGGAGCCGAGUUUCAGCGCACCUGUGGAGCCGAGUUUCAGCGCACCUGUGGAGCCGAGUUUCAGCGCACCUGUGGAGCCGAGUUUCAGCGCACCUGUGGAGCCGAGUUUCAGCGCACCUGUGGAGCCGAGUUUCAGCGCACCUGUGGAGCCGAGUUUCAGCGCACCUGUGGAGCCGAGUUUCAGCGCACCUGUGGAGCCGAGUUUCAGCGCACCUGUGGAGCCGAGUUUCAGCGCACCUGUGGAGCCGAGUUUCAGCGCACCUGUGGAGCCGAGUUUCAGCGCACCUGUGGAGCCGAGUUUCAGCGCACCUGUGGAGCCGAGUUUCAGCGCACCUGUGGAGCCGAGUUUCAGCGCACCUGUGGAGCCGAGUUUCAGCGCACCUGUGGAGCCGAGUUUCAGCGCACCUGUGGAGCCGAGUUUCAGCGCACCUGUGGAGCCGAGUUUCAGUGCACCUGUGGAGCCGAGUUUCAGAGCACCUGUGGAGCCGAGUUUCAGCGCACCUGUGGAGCCGAGUUUCAGCGCACCUGUGGAGCCGAGUUUCAGCGCACAUGUGGAGCCGAGUUUCAGCGCACCUGUGGAGCCGAGUUUCAGCGCACCUGUGGAGCCGAGUUUCAGCGCACCUGUGGAGCCGAGUUUCAGCGCACCUGUGGAGCCGAGUUUCAGCGCACCUGUGGAGCCGAGUUUUAGAGCACCUGUGGAGCCGAGUUUCAGCGCACCUGUGGAGCCGAGUUUCAGCGCACCUGUGGAGCCGAGUUUCAGCGCACCUGUGGAGCCGAGUUUCAGCGCACCUGUGGAGCCGAGUUUCAGCGCACCUGUGGAGCCGAGUUUCAGCGCACCUGUGGAGCCGAGUUUCAGCGCACCUGUGGAGCCGAGUUUCAGCGCACCUGUGGAGCCGAGUUUCAGCGCACCUGUGGAGCCGAGUUUCAGCGCACCUGUGGAGCCGAGUUUCAGCGCACCUGUGGAGCCGAGUUUCAGCGCACCUGUGGAGCCGAGUUUCAACGCACCUGUGGAGCCGAGUUUCAGCGCACCAGUGGAGCCGAGUUUCAGCGCACCUGUGGAGCCGAGUUUCAGCGCACCUGUGGAGCCGAGUUUCAGCGGACCUGGGCUUGAGUCGCAUCACAAGCCGAGUUUCAGAGCGCGUGUGCAUGCACACGGCAUGCAGCGGCGGAGCAGCCCAUUCACACUGCCAGCUGUUCCCGAGGGCUAUGCACUGCCGCAUGGUAGCACCUGGGCGUUCAACCUGGAGCGCCACAUGAGGGGCGAGAGGAGGAUGAGGGAGGCUUUCCUGUGGUGCGAGCACUUUUGA